GUCGCUAAGGCGGUUGCUAGGCCGGGAGCGAGGCCUAGUCGUCGGCGUGGCGAGCGGCGGGCGCCAUGCAGGGCUCGAUAGUGCGCCGGACGCAGGAGCUGCUGGGGCGGGUGAUCCGGAAGCCUCCCCUGACGGAGCGGCUCCUCAGCAAGCCCCCCUUCCGAUACCUCCACGACGUGAUCGGAGAGGUGAUUAGAUCAACUGGUUUCAUGAAAGGACUGUACACAGAAGCCGAGAUGAAAUCUGAUAAUGUCAAGGAUAAAGAUGCGAAAAUCAGCUUCCUUCAGAAGGCAAUUGAUGUUGUCAUCAUGGUGACAGGGGAACCCUUGGCGGUAAAGCCAGCACGUAUUGUGGCUGGACACGAACCUGAAAAGACCAAUGAGUUACUUCAAGCAAUUGCCAAAUGCUGUCUUAAUAAGCUAUCCAGUGAUGAAGCUGUUCAAAAAGUUCUUGCUGGAGAAAAAGCAGAUAUGAAAGGAAAGACACCAUCCUCUUCUAAAUCCCAAAACAAAGAAUCUAGAACAGAAGAACAUCGAUCCCAUAAAGAGGGAAGAGGUGAUUCUGAAAUAAAAGAAAGAGGCACACGUCAGGACCAAAAACUCAAAGAAGACUUAAAAGAAGAGAGCAAGCAGAAAGAAAAUGACAAAUCUAAAGAUUAUGCAAACCAUCAAAAAAAUCCAGAAAAAGAUAAUUUUAAGGAAGAAGAAAAACAUGAAAGAGAGAGAAACAAGCACAGAUCGUCCAAACAGGGUAGAGAGACAGAGAAAAUCAGAGACAGAGAAAAAGGAGAUGGAGAAGGAACUAAAGAGGAGCAUGACAAAGAAAGGGAAAGGGAAAGAAAACAACAUGAGGGAGGAAGGGAAAAGGACAGAUUAAGAGAAAAAAACAAAGAAAGGGGUAGGGACAAAGAUAAAGAACAUGAAAAGGUCAAAGAAAGGGGAAAGGAUAGGGAAAAAGACAAACGAAAAGAGAGAGGCAGAGAUACAGAGCAGUCACGAGAGCAGUCACGAGAACAAGGAAAAGACAAAGAUAAAAAGUCUGCAGGAACUGAGGAGGGUGUGAGUAAAACGUCAGCAGAACGAUCAGUGAAAGAUAAUGCUGAGCCAGAUAAAGAAAGAGAAAACUCAGCAAAAUUAUCAAGGCAGCAUUCAACUAAGGGACCAAGACAGCGAGCCAAACCUGGAGGUGAAGGUGAAACAUCCAAUGAUGCAGAAGGUGAUGUCCUUAACACUGCUGCCCCUGAAAGAAUAGUUGUUUCUGAAAAUUAUGAAAUCGCUAAUGAAUCUCCUACUCAUGUUGCCCAAAGAAGAUUGCCACGACCAAGCAGUGCGAGGCCUGCUCCACCCCGGAUAAAACGCCAAGAAAGUACAGAAGUUGCAGUGCCAGAGAGAAAUGGUAGUGCCAAAGUAGUGUCAAAUGUAAUUAUAGACAAAGAGGACGAGGAGGAGGAUGACCAGUUUGUAGUCGAGGCAGCACCACAGCUGUCUGAAAUAACAGAAAUGGCAACGGAAGCAACAAUUGAGCUGGAAGAAGAUGAGAAGCAUGGAGGGCUUGUCAAAAGAAUAUUGGAAACAAAGAAAGAUUAUGAGUUGUCACAGUUGCCAAAAUCUACUGAGAAGGAAAAACCGCUUCUGUCAGAAGCAACAAAGAGAAAGGAGAAGGAUCUAGUAGCAAAAGAAAUAGAUAAGUUUCGUGGAUCUAUUCAGGCCCUUUGUCGGAGUGCUCUCCCUCUUGGAAAAAUCAUGGACUAUAUACAGGAGGAUGUGGAUGCCAUGAAGAUUGAACUCCAGAUGUGGCAGAAUGAAAAUAAACAACUUGAAGAGGCUCUGCAGAAGGAACAAGGAAUCACAGAUAGUGUUGUGGAACCCUUGAAAGCAGAACUUACAGAGUUGGACCAGUUGAUCAAAGAUGAACAAGACAGGAUUUGUGCAAAAAGGGCAAACAUUUUAAAGAAUGAUGAAAAAAUUCAGAAGAUGAUUCAUAAUAUGAAUUCAAGAAGAUGAACGGGGAAAGAAAAAAGAAACAAAAUUACACUGUGUGCAAAUAAAACUGUUGCAUACAACAGCACAUACAAUUUCAAGUUAAUUUAUUCAGGUGAUUGUGUAUGCUUUAGAAGAUUGAUAUUGUUUAGGUGAAACUUGCCAUUCAUUCAGUGCUUAUAAAUAAAAAAACUCAAUGCAAAAUAUUGACUAUAUUAAACCUAUUGUGAUAGGUUUUCUGUUCUUGUUGGCAGGGAUUAAUGUUUUGGAUCCUUUAAUACUAUGAUCAAACUCCUGAUCAAACUUUAUAACCUUCAGUUCUGCUACAUGGGUUUGGCAUUUUGAACAAAGAAGCUAUUCUGUUACUAUUACAGAAUAUGAAGUUUGGUGAGGUUUUAGUUGUUAAGGUGGGCAGGAACACUUCCUUGUGUUAGUAGAUCUUUAUGAAAAUGUGUAAAGAGUUCUUGCAGAUCAAGAAACAAAAUUCUGUUUAAGUCACACAGGAUAAAAGAUAACACAAAAAUAAGUUUGCCUGAACAUAUUAUAGUUGCAUGGCCUUUUUGACUUUGAAAAGAAUUGAUUCAAAUACCUUUUCUCUUAAAUACGUAGUCGUUUUAUUAUUUUAAAUUAAAUUACUAUCAGGUGUGUAUGUAUGUAUGCAUUUAUGGCAUACAGGGAGAAAGUCAAGGUUUUGCCCCUUCAGAGUCUCUGCUGUACACAUAUUCCUAGUGGUCCACAGAUAAUGAAUGGCCUUGAUAGCCAGACAACAUUUAUGACUGCAAGGGUCUGUCCCUCAUCCAAUGGGAUCUUCUCUGAGAUAUCAUGCUGAAUUUGAGCAUGGCUGUGCUUCUGCAACACAGGGUAAAAGAUAACUCCCCUCUUCAGCUUCAGAGAAUGUCUGCCUGGAAGUUCUUUGUGUUUCAUCAUACCUCUUGAGUAUUAAUAGUGCCAUUCCAAAAGCUUUCAUUCCCCUUCCAGGUUUCAGGCAAUUUGUAGGGAAUCACUAUUUGUGAUGUUGUUCUGAGGUGUCCCAGCUAUCUUGAAAAGAAAUAUAACCUAGAAAAGUACCAAUCAUUUUCCUAAUUUCUUGGUAUAGAAACAUUGCGUUCUCAAGUGUGGUUGGGACCUCCAAUGUGGUUGCUCUAAUGAUCAUUCAGCUUUGAAUUUAGGAGAAGUACUGAAGCUCACCUAUGUUGCCUUGCACUUUCAAGCACCUUGGGAGCAUAGCUCAAUUGCAGAUUUCCCCCCCCCCCCCCCCCCUCCUGUACUCCAGGCUUGCAUGGACAUUGUGAGACUUGCCAUACUUAGUAGGAGCAGAUGGACAGAGGUACUAACCAUGACAGACGUGUUUGUGGGAAUAAUUGAUUUCAAAGUAGUUGGUCCCAUACCAUACAAAUAUGCAUUAAAUAUACAGUACCCUGAAAGUUUGUUUGUUCUUUUGCAGCUAUCUCAUUGUUUCAGUCAACUGUGACUCUUGUUCCCAUUUCUUUUGCAUUUAAUGUAAUUUUAAAAACCUCCCUGU